AUGCUUAAGCUGUGUUUGCUGGCAACUCUGCUUAAGAAACCUUUUGAAACGAUGGCAUCAGCUGAUGGCAGUGACUUGAAUUCUGCUCUGAAGCAGCUGCUGGCUAACCCUCGUGCAUUCGGAAGCAUUGAUGAUAGGCGAGCAUAUCUGCGGGAGGCCUUGAGGGUGGCACGUUGCUCUCCUCCUGGAUACACAUAUUGCAGUCUUAGUAGACAACUUGCAGAUCUUUCUUUCCAAGUUGGUGAUAAAGAAGAUGGAAUUUAUAACCUUGUGGAAUCUCAUGCAGUUAUGUUGAGACACAGAGCUUUGAUUAAAUAUCAUCGAACUAUGGGAAAAUCUCCUAACAACUCCAGUGUAAUUGAUAAGAAAUAUGUUGACUUUUCUGGAGAAAUGAGUGAUGGAUAUAAUUCUCUUUUAAAUCGUUUAAAGGAGAUGCCAGAAGAAUGGACCAUAAUCCAGCUGAGUUGUGUUGUUGAUGCUGUUUGGAGGUUUGGUGGACCAAAUGCGAAAAAAUGGACUCCCCAUUUGGAUAUUGUUCGCAUGGAAUGUGGCCCCAGUCCAGAGUUUAAGCCUUUACACAUAAGGCUUGCCCCUCCACCUGAAGCUAAACAUUAUGUGGUUUUGCGAGAAGUUCAAGAGAUGAUCAUCAAGAACAACACAGACCAUUUGCGUGAUAAGAAAAAGGACUUUUGGCAGGCACGAGCCGAAGUGGAUGUGAUGAUAGAAUUUAUAAUAGAGUUCAUGAACAGUAAGUGGUUUGCAAGCAUUAAUCCUUUUCUGGCUGGGCGAUUAAAUGAUGAGAAAGUGCAGAAGAAACUAAGGGCUCGAGUGGAGGGAGUUGCAUUGAAGAUUGCUACCGAGUGUGGUACAGCCCCUCUGUCUCCAGAAAAGCUCUGUCUACUUUUGAAGGCUGCUGAAAAUUUUGACUACCUUAGUGAUGGAGUCCUGGCUGCUGUCUUUGCGCGAGUAGUUGAUGAAUUGAAAUCACCUUCGGCAUUGGCAGUGUUAAAAAGAGAAUUUGGUCAGUUGAAGAAAGAGUUUCCAAUCAUCUUAAAGAACAUUAAGAGAGGACCUGUCCUAUUGGUAAUUGAUGAGAAAUUGGAGUGUCUUCCAUUUGAGCAGUUGGAAAUUUUAAGAAAACAUCCUGCUACCAGGGUUCCAUCUGUCCACGUGACUCAUGGUCUUUAUGCCGUUCACAGAAACUCCAUAGAGAAUGGAUUGCUGAAUGUAGAUUAUCAAUCUGGCUUCUACAUCAUUAAUCCUGGGGAAGAUUUGAAAGACAUGGAGGAAAGGAUGUCUUCCUUCUUGCUUCCUCGAGUCCCCGAGUGGAAGGGUUUGCUUGGCCAACAGCUGUCUCCAGAAGCCUGGAGUCAGGCUGUCACUGACAAUGACAUUUUUGUGUACAUGGGCCAUGGGGGUGGAGGUCAGUAUUGGAAUGUGGAUCAGUUGGAGGGAGGAAUUCGAUCCCUAUCUCUGCUGUUUGGCUGUCAAAGCGCUGGCUACAAGAUAAUGAAGGGCAGUGUCGAAGUGGAUGGGACUUUGCAAGCCUACCUAGCUGCUGCCUGCCCCUGCCUGGUAGGACUGCUGUGGAAUGUGACAGAUAGGGACACAGACCUGCUAGCACAGGCCAUCUUGAAUCAGUGCCUGCCCCGGUCCAAGAAUCCACCACCGCCACCAGCCAACGAGCGCAAAGGCAGGAGAAAAGGGCGUGGCGGAGCGGGCGCGGAGGGGCCGUCGACGCCGGGGGCGCUGGCGGCGCCGCGGGAGCCCGAGGUGGCGCGCGCGCUGACGCUGGCCCGCGAGGCGCCGCGCAUGCUGGUGACGCGCGUGGCUGCCGUGCUGCGCGGCCUGCCCGCGCGCGUGCGCUUCCCCCGGCACCGCCCCCGAUCCAGUUAGCCCAUCUACAUCUAAUGUUAAAAAAAGAUGCUAAUUAUUUUAUUAGUGCGUCAAUAAAUUAUCUUAUGUUAAAAUUUUGUAAUUUCACCGAACACUCCUCUUCUGUUAUUAACAUUGUGCCUUUAAAUGAAUUGAAAGCAAACAAUAUCAUAUAUCAUUUUGAUUAACAGUCGACUGUAAUUUUUAAAUUAAAAUUUUCAAUUUUUGAUAAACUUUGAAAUGUUUGUAAACUGUAUAUAUAUUAAUUUGCAUUUAUACAUAUUUUAAAUCAUAAUUUGAUCGGAAACUAGACCUAAUACUGAUUUCUUCUUGCAGCUUCUUAAGGACUUCAAAAAAAAACCCAUUGGAAAUAUUUAUAGUACCUGAAAAGAAAAAAAUACUAAAGCAUUGUACAAUACACACAAAAUCAAAAUAACUUCAAGCCUGUUUUCACUAUAAUGUAAAUUCGUUAAGUCUUCCAACUCAUUAUUAUUAUUAUUAUUAUUAUUAUUAUUAUUAUUAUUAUUAUUAUUUAGCAAUAAAAUUUUACUUCAAAAAAGACUACUUUUAAAGAUUUAGAACACCCUACUCAAACUUAACUACAGGGAUAUUGUAACAUUUACUGGACCGAGCUCUUAGGAAUCUUAUAAAACUUAUAAUGACAGAUAUAAACUCAUUUCAAUGAGUUGAUUAAAUCAACUAAAAAAUUUGUAAUAAUUUUGACAUUAUAUUCUCUAUAAUAAGUUAUACUAUCCCAACUGACAGAACUAAUUAAGCAAUUUACUUGCCAAUUACAAGAUGGGUUAGAGGAAACAACAAUAAUUGUCAAUCUUUGAGUGCUCCGACAAUAUCUUAAGAUAACAAUCAAAAUAAGUAUUUUUAAAUUAAUUUUACAAAU